UUGUUAUGUCAAUAUCAUGCUUGUUUUCCCUGCGUUUGUGAUUUAGUCAUAUUUUAUAAAAUGUUGUUGAUUUGUACAAUUUAACUGUUUGUAAAAUUGAGAUAAAUGUCUUGUAGUACUCAAUAUUAAACACGACAGUUAUCACAAUGCAAGUAUCAGAAAUUGAUAAUGUAAAAAUUUAUAACCUUAGCGCGGGGAAAUCUUUGCCGGACUGGUUAUCAGAAAGAAAAAAGAGAGCAAUACUUAAGAAAAAUGUUGAUCUUAGAAGAAGAAUUGAACUUAUUCAAGAGUUUGACAUGCCAGGCGUCAGUACAAGUAUUAGGGCGUCUGCAGAUGGACAGUACAUAAUGGCAACUGGAAUAUAUAAACCAAGAGUUAAAUGUUAUGAUGUAAAUAAUUUAUCACUCAAAUUUGAGAGAUGCUUGGAUGCUGAAGUUGUUACAUUUGAAAUACUAAGCGAAGAUUAUACAAAGAUUGUUUUUCUACAAUGUGACAGAUAUGUUGAGUUUCAUGUUGGACAUGGUAGGCACUAUCGGCUGAGAGUACCACAUUUUGGAAGAGACAUUGCUUACCACAAGCCUUCAUGUGAUCUGUUUGUUGUGGGGGCUUCAAAUGAAGUGUACAGGUUAAAUUUGGAAGUAGGACAAUUCAUGGCUCCUUAUGUUACUAAAGCAAAUGAAAUAAACACUUGCGCAGUAAAUGAAGAGCAUGGCUUACUUGUGAUUGGCACAGAGAGUGGACAAGUUGAGGCGUGGGACCCACGUACUAAGUCGCGACAGGGGUUAUUAGAUUGUGCAUUACACUGCUCAGAUGUUGGCAAUACAAGUCUACCUGCAAUAACAAAAUUGAAAUUCAACGGCGCUCUACAACUAGGAGUUGGGUCAUCUUCAGGACAUGUCCUAUUAUAUGACAUCAGGUCAAGUAAACCACUGAUAGUAAAGGAUCACAUGAACGAAAUACCCAUCAAGAAUAUAGAGUUCCAUAAACAAAUGAACUAUGUUUACUCUAUGGAUUCGUUAGUUUUGAAAAUAUGGGACAGCAAUAAUGGUAAACAAUACACAAAUAUAGAAGCAUCAUCAGAUUUCAAUGAUCUCUGUAUAAUACCAAACACUGGCUUAUGUAUGAUGGCCGUUGAAGAUCCUAAAAUGCAAAUAUAUUAUGUUCCAUCACUAGGACCUGCUCCAAAAUGGUGUUCGUUCUUAGAUAAUUUGACAGAAGAACUAGAAAGUUCUGCCGUACAGACCGUGUACGAUGAUUAUAAAUUCAUCACUAAGCAAGAAUUAGAAUCAUUAGGUUUGGAUCAUCUUUUGGGUACUAACUUACUGCGAGCUUAUAUGCAUGGAUACUUUGUGGAUGCACGAUUGUACAAGAGAGCUAAAACGAUAGCAGAUCCGUUUGCUUUCGAAGAAUACAAGAAGCGUAAAAUACGAGAAAAGAUUGAACAGGAGCGUCCCGCGAGACUCAAAGUUGAUGACAAUCUGCCCAAAGUCAACAAAGAACUCGCUUCGCGAUUACAAAACGUUGAAAUUAAAAAGAAUAAGCAAUCAAACAAUUUGCUUAAAGAUAAUCGAUUUAAGGACCUGUUUGAGAAUCCCGACUUUGAAGUUGAUAAGGAAGCUGAUGAAUAUCGUUUACUGAAUCCCGUGCUGUCGAGACUCGACAAGAAGAACACAAAGAAAGUCAAACAAGUAAUGGAUGUAGAUGAGGUUGAACAUGUGGAAGAAGAAAAAGACUCGGAUAUCGAAUUGUAUGAAUCGAGUGAAGAAAGUUCUGACGAUGAAAAAAUGUGGGCCAAAGAUAUGAAGAAACAACACAAACUUAUCAGAAACAAGAAGCAAGAGGAAGAUAGAGAAGAAGAGUCUCGAAACGAAAAGGUGUAUGAAUUUAGUAAUGCGCCUAAGCUUACUAAUAUAAGAAGCAUUACUAGAGUUAGUAAGACAAGUUUAGGGGAACGACUAACAAAAGAAGGUUUCACAACAAUGGUAACUGGAACAGGCGGAAAUAAAGAAAUGAAGUUCUCAAUGCGCGGCAAAAAGAAUGUUUCCGAUAAUCAAAAAUCAAUGAAAAAACACUACGAAGAAAGGAAACAACUCGUCAGAAGAACAGGAUUUUUAUCUAAAAAGAAACUGCCUAGAAACAGUGGAAACGGAUUUUCCAGUGAUCUGCUGGACAGCCAUGUGCUGGGCAACGAGAAGCUGUGCCGCGCACCCGCCAUGGAAACGUCGCGGCGAUCGAGUCUCGGCGCCAACAGUGUUGAGAUUGGAGAAAUAACUGAAUCUCCCGACACGGAAUACAUGAGCACAUCCGCUAUAUUACAUUACUGCAAAUCUAAGAUAUUAGUACCGUAUUUAAAAUUAUUAACAAUAAUGGGUCUGAGACCCGUGGUGGACGCUUCCAACUCAUCCAAAUAUGCCAUUUGCUUUUCGCAUUAUCAUUCUGCACAAGUAGCAGUUUUAAUGUUUUUUGGGUACAUUUUACAAUAUAUGGCUUGCUUCAGACGAGACAGAGGAUUUUGUUACAAAUUGGUGCCCCUAGCUAUGACGUCUUCUUUGGAAUACGAUACAUACAAACAAAUAUGUUACGGCAAUGUUACUUUAACGUACAUUGGCCCAAGCGUUCUUCACUUCAUAGGUUUUCUGUACGCCCUCUAUUUGUUUAGAAUAUCUGAUAACGAACAGUUACAAAAUCUUAUGGAAAGGGUGUUCCUUUUGUCUUCAUACGCACCGCAAGGCAGCGCCACCGCGAACCCAAAGCGCUUGCUGCGUAUGUUGUGGUUCUUUAUAAUAUUAAGUAUUAUCUGGAUGUGCAUCUCUCUGUGUUCAGUCAACUUGAUGCUGGCCAGAGGAACAAUCAUGUUUAGAUGGAUGGAAACGAGUUCGAAUGAGAUGAGAUUGGGGUUGAAAAUACUGCUUAUAAUCUGCACGUUGAUCCACGACAUGGUACAGGCGACGGUGAUCACCAGCUACUGCCUACAGGCGCAGCUGCUGCAAGCACACCUCAUGUUCCUGCGGGAACGCCUGCUCAACAGGACUAUCACACCAUUGAACUGGAUGAGGGAAAUAGCAGAAUUUCGUAAGUUGCUAAAAUAUUUGAACGACGAGCUGGCGCCGGCUGUAUGUCUGUUCACUAUAGUGAACGUAUCGUGGGCGGCGUCCGGCCUCAUGUGGCUACUCGACCUCGACAAGGUGGACACGGAGACGGAGCCCAUAGCGGGCAUCAGCAUCCUCAACCAGUUGCUCUGGUUGGCAGCUGUUAUAGCACCAUUUGUGCAGGCGGCGCGUUUGUCGAAAGAGUGUCGGCGCACGCAGUCUGUGGGUCACGAGCUGUGUGUGCGUCCGUUCCUGCACCAGGACACGUCGCAUGAAGACAUCAGCGCGGUGCUCAUGUACGCCGCCACACUCAAAUUGCGCGCCAAACUCUUCUGUCACCCAGUUGCUGGAAAAUACGUCUGUCUCGCUCUCACACUCGCUCUCAUCAUACUCUUCGCACUCGGCAUGUGUCACUAUUUACAAUGAUUCGCAGAUGAUUUAAUUCGAUUUAAAUUAUCGUGUAACUAUAAUUAAUGAUUAAUAAUAAAAUAAUUUUUGUUUUU